AUGAUCUCCACAGCAUCAUUGAAAGCUGGAAUAAAUGAAAAUAUUUUUAAAGAAUUAAAGACUAGAGCUGAAAGGAUGAACACAAAACAAAAGCUUUGUUUGCUCUUAUUUGACGAAAUUUCAUUGAUGCCCCAUUUUGAUUAUAACCGAAAACGAGAUGCAAUUAUUGGUUUUGUCGACAAUGGAGAAGUCACGCACAAUAAAAUAGCUGACCAUGCUUUGGUAUUCAUGAUUAGAGGCAUAUAUUAUAACUACAAACAAGCUGUUGCGUAUACUUUUUGCGCUGGUAGUACAUCCAAGGCUGAGCUAGCAGCUCAAAUAAAAAAUAUUAUAAGAAAAUUGAACUCAGCAGGAUUUAAGGUUAUGGGGACCAUUUGUGACCAGGGCUGUGCAAAUGUCAGUGCGAUUAAUUAUCUAAUUGAACAAACAAAAGAAAAAUAUUUAAAAAAUAAUAUAGAACAAAGAAAUAAGGUGUUCGAAAUUGAUGAUGAAGAAAUUAUCCCCAUAUAUGAUACCCCACAUCUUCUAAAGGGGAUUCGUAAUAAUUUACUUACAAAGAACUUAAAAUGUAAGAUAGGUGGUGAAGAAAAAACUGCAAAAUGGGAGCAUGUUUUGCAGUUGUACAAAGAAGACCCAGCUUACCAGGGUAUAAGGUUAAUGCCAAAAUUAACUGACAAACAUGUUGUGCCUGAGAAGAUAGCCAAAAUGAAAGUUAAAUGUGCAUCUCAGCUUUUUAGCCAAUCUGUAUCAGUCAACAUGGGAUAUUUGGCAAGUAAAGGAAUAAUUUCAAAGGAUUGUAAAGAAACAGCUGAUUUAUUUUUAUUUCUUGACAAUUUGUUCGACUCUUUAAAUGGAAGUCACAAAAAUUCAAAAAAGAGGUCUGGCAAACCAUUGCUUGGACCAGUUACACCAUCUUCUGGACAUCAUAAAAUAUGGCGAGAAGCAAAAGAAGUAUUAAAAACAAUGAAGUUUGUUACCAGUAAUGGAUACACUGUCGUACCUUCAAUAACUAAUUGGCUGCAAAGUAUUGAAAAUAUAGAAUAUUUAGUUCAAAAAAUAUUUACUCAAUAUGAUUUGGCAUCUCUGUGGAUGAGGCACUUCAACCAAGACCCAUUAGAAAAUUUUUUUGGUAGCAUUCGAAGCCAUGGGUACAGAAAUAUAACACCCUCAUGUGCUGGCUUUGAAGCCGCCUUUUCCUCUUUGCUUAUAAAUAAUUUAAGUGCCAAUCACUCCCCAGGGUCAAACUGUGAGCAAGACUCAUGCACUGUCUUCCAAUCAAUAAAUAAUAUUUUUUUUGAAAAAUCUGAAGACAAUAAUUUUCUUAUAGAAAUUGAUGAUGAUCUAUUAUUAAAUGACAAUAUUUUGAUAGACAUAGAAAUAAAAAAAAGGAAUGCAAAAACUUUUGCACAAUUACAGUAUGUAGCAGGUUGGUGCAAAGAUGUAAAUAAAAUUAUAAAUGGCGCAAGAACUGAUGUUGAUCAGGAAGACUCGAUACAAAUAAUGGCAUUUGAUUAUAAUAAGAAAAGAAUAAAGAGAAAGAAAUAA